CGCCAUAUUGGCCGUAAACGUAAAAGACGGCAGCACUGUGCUCGGUUUCCAUUUGACAUGUGCCGCGUUUGACAUUCGCGAUUUAUUAAAAAAAAGGAACAAGCGAAAACGAAAUAACACGUCGUCGUUGCUGUUUCGAGAUGAACUGAGAAAGCGAGUUGUUGUAAAAAAAAAUAAUUCAUCCGUCAUCGAAACCGAGCUACGAAGCGAAGCAAUAAGAUAGAGGCCGGAUUAUGUACCAUUGAAACUUUUGUAUAUAGAGUGGUACCGAAACACGAUCGAGCGCAACGACGACAGACUCUCUCUCUUUGCGUCGCGAACAACCCAAAAUAUCUAUACAUACUAUACCCAGUUUAGCCGGCAUUUUUAGUGAACGGUUAUCACAUUGUCAAAUUACGUCGAAAAUGGCGUCCGAAUCGCACUUCAAGAAUCGAAUGCAAGUGUUCAAGAACAAAGGCAAGGAUCAAGAUGAGAUGCGAAGGAGACGUAACGAAGUAACUGUUGAACUUAGAAAAAAUAAACGAGAGGAAACGUUACAAAAACGACGAAACGUCCCAAUAACAGAUUCAACAGACGAAGACGACGCCGAUAAGAGUCUCGUCAACAUCAAACUCGAAGAUCUCGUCGCCCAAGCGUCCGACUUCUCAAACCCACAAAUCCAGCUUUCAGCUGUCCAAUCAGCCCGAAAAUUACUCUCAUCCGAUCGGAAUCCCCCGAUCGACGCUCUCAUCGCCAGCAACAUCCUCCCAAUACUCGUCCGAUGCUUAAAAGAACACACGAACCCCGCGUUACAAUUCGAAGCAGCAUGGGCGCUAACGAACAUUGCGUCUGGAAAUUCGGCCCAAACCAAUCGAGUGGUGCAAGCCGGAGCGGUACCAUUAUUUUUGGAAUUGUUAAAAUCGCCGCAAACGAACGUUUGCGAACAAUCCGUAUGGGCUUUGGGUAAUAUUAUCGGGGAUGGACCAUGUCUUAGGGAUUAUGUCAUUGAGUUGGGUAUCGUCGAUCCUUUAUUGUCGUUUCUCAAACCGGAAAUACCCAUAACGUUCUUAAGGAACGUUACUUGGGUUAUUGUUAAUUUGUGUAGAAACAAAGAUCCUGCACCGCCCAUUCAUACGAUUAAAAAAUUACUGCCCGCUUUGAAUGCGUUAAUACAUCACGUAGAUGUAAAUAUUUUAAUAGAUACAGUUUGGGCAUUAAGUUAUUUAACGGAUGGUGGAAAUGAACAGAUUCAAAUGGUGAUAGAUAGCGGUGUAGUACCCAAAUUAAUACCUUUACUUUCUCAUAAAGAUGUUAAAGUGCAGACGGCUGCUUUAAGGGCGGUGGGAAAUAUUGUAACCGGUACUGAUGAACAAACACAAGUUGUGUUAAACUGCGAGGUGUUAUCUUAUUUGCCAAGCCUAUUAAAUCAUUCAAAAGAUAAAAUAUGCAAAGAAGCUGUAUGGUUCUUGUCAAAUAUUACAGCUGGAAAUCAAUCUCAAGUUCAAGCUGUCAUUGAUGCUGAUUUGUUACCAGCAAUUAUUUUGAAUUUGAGUAAAGGUGAAUUUCAAACGCAAAAAGAAGCCGCUUGGGCAAUUAGUAAUUUGACAAUAGGAGGUAGUAGAGAGCAAGUUGCAAAAUUAAUUAGAGCGGGUGUUAUUCCACCGUUCUGCGACUUACUGACAUGUAAAGACGCCCAAGUUAUUCAAGUUGUACUUGAUGGUAUCAUAAAUAUGUUAAAAAUGGCCGGACCCGACGUAGAACAAUUGUGCGCGAUGAUCGAGGAGUGCAACGGCUUGGAUAAAAUUGAGAACCUACAGAAUCAUGACAAUAUCGAAAUUUAUAAAUUGGCGUAUGAUAUCAUUGAAAAUUACUUUAAUGGCGAUAUUGAUGAUGAUCCUUCAAUAGUGCCAUCACCUGGUGUUGCUGAUUUCGAAUUUGGUACUGCGACGAACGUGCCGAAUGAAGGUUUUAAAUUCUGAUCCUUACGUUCGUAUGAAACAUAUUUCACUCGAAAACGCUUCCAUUUA